AAAACAAAAUGGAUUGUUUCACUCACUCAGAGCUAAGGUGGUUCAGAAUUCAGAUGAGACAAAAAUACAGAUUUUGGUGAGAAUUUGAGAAGUUUAAUGGACCCAAUCAUCUUUCUUAGCUCAUCCAUAUCCGGAUUCUGCUGUCCAACCAAAAUUUCUCUUCUAUCCAGCACUUACACUGUCACUUGAAAGAAAGUGCCCCUGAAUUAUGUAGUACCCUUGAAGGGAUAAUGCUUUUUGGCCGAAUAUAGUUUUGAGUAUCAAAUUCUCCAAAAUGCCAGGAACAAUCCAAGUUUCAGUGUUCGAUUUCAAGAAUAUUUCAUCUUCUUCAAUUUGCUUAUGGGUUUCCAUGGGGAAGAGUGCGUACCAAACGUGGGACAAGGGAGAUUUCUCAUUCCCAUUAACGACAUUUCGCGAAAAUUUGGUUGUUAAACUUGAGGGUGCUGAGGGAAAUGAGAUAUCACGUACAGAAGUUGAGACUUCAUCAAUAGUUGAGAAGGGUUAUUGGGAUGAUUUUUUUCAACUUGAAGGAGGUCAUUAUGUCCAUAUGAAGUUGCAAUUCAUUCUAAGUGAAGAUGAGCGCAACCGAAUCCGUAAUGUGAGAGAAUCUGCUUUGAAGAAGAAACAAGACAAAGUUCCUGCAAUAAAUGUUGAAUACAAAGGAACUGUGUUCCCUGUGCAAGAUACAUAUGCAUCAUCUCUGCCCAUCAAAAGGGAGUUUUCAGAUAGAAGUGAAGUGAACAAAUCAGAAGGGGUUGAAAUACAAUAUUCUGAACCUGACAGACCAUCAGCUAAGAAGCUUCAAACUCAGCUAAAACCUGUUUAUGAUGAAGAUGCACUGUCCAUCUCGAAGAUGGAUGUAACUGGAAAGACAGAGUCUGUGUGUCAACAGAAGCCCGAGGAUCAAAGUGCGCAGUCUAUGUUGAGGAUAGGUGUCGCUGCAAAGGAAGAAUCUGUGGCACAAAAGAAGAUUGUUGAUUCAUCUAAUAAGCCUGAGGGUCAGAGUGCUCUCUAUAUGCUGAAGACGGAUGUUGCUGCAAAGAAAGAGUCCAUAUCCCAAAAGAAGUAUGUUGCUUCAUCUGUUAAAUCUGAGGAUCAAGAGACUCGGUCAAUGUUGAAGAUGGAUGCCGCUGCCAAAAAGAAAAUUGUUGAUUUGUUUAAUGAACUUGAGGAUCAAGGUGUAUUGGAGAAAACUCCUAGCAGUGUCAGGAAAAUGAUAAGUGCCUUUGAAACCGGUCUUACUCAGAAGAAGGGGAGAAGAUCUCUUACAAGAACUCGAGGAUCAAAAUCCCAACCAAAUUUAAUUGGAAUCGGAGGCUCCCUAAAUUAUCUGUAUCCAGACAACACUUCAAGGCCUAACAAGAUGAGUGCACUAAGACUAGAAAGACCUUUUAAUACUGUUGACUUGCCUGAGCCUCAAAUAAAUAUUGGCAAAAGUAGUUCCCCAGAGCAAGAUAUUGUUGGUAAGGAACAGCCCAUGUUCCAUGAACAGUUGACGUCCAGUGUGCAUACUGUCCCAUUUAAUGAAGCAGGCUCAAGUCAGCAGAAGACCUUUGGAUCUGCUAAAAAGGAGUCAGCUACUGUAGCUGCCUCACCUGUAGAUUUGAUGAGAUUAUCCAACCUGGAAACAGCUAGUAGUUCCCAAACAACUAGUGUGGCUCAUCCAGAUAUGCUGAAAGCUAAUAAUUUAACUGCUGAUCGAGAUUGUUUUGAUGGUCCUUCAGUUACAGAGAAACGAAACAUAGAAAUUAGAUCGGAAACUUUACCUGAAGUACAUUUUGGAAGGGCUUCAAAUGUGAAACCAAAAUUAAUAGCAUACUGUGAAAAUGAGCUUUAUGACGCUGAAAAUUCUGGGGUAUGGAUAUUUCCGGAUAACAGAAAGCGUCUAUGUAUGACAAGUUCUGGCAAAAGCAUAGUGCAUUUAUCAGAAGAUUGCUGCAUUGGAGUAGAUGAUCGUCAAAGAAAUAAGAGAUCUUCUAUGCAGGAAAUUAUAGGGAAGCAUGGUUUUUUCCAUAGAAGUGACUCCAUGACAAAGAAAGGAAGAGAGAAGCCACAAAAGCCAAGAAAUCAGUUUGAGAGCUCUGGAGAAAAUGGUUCUUCUGGACCUGUUAGACAGGUGAUAAACAUUGCAUUAAUUGUAGGGUUUGGUAUAUUAGUUCUGCUCACUAGGCAAAGAGAAACCAGGAGAAGUGACAGAGAAUCAAAGGAUUUUUACUUCACCAGUCCAGAUUUCAUGGAUCAGUUGGCAUCUUCAGAAGAACAAUGGAGUCUAUUAAGGGUAGCAGGAGAUUGAUUCAUUGCCUUCUCCCAGGAUAUAGCGAACCUUUCGGCUGUACCCGUUGGCUUUACAAAGGAUAUAUCUGAUUGAAUUGCUCCUUUGCUGAUAGUAGUGAUCUUGCAUUUGGAAAUAAUGGCUGUUACUCUGUAACGACAUUUUCUUUUCGUAACUUUAGCAUAUCAUUAGUCAUUCUCUGUACGUGUAAGACAAGCAGCCAUUUUGGUUAAUGAGUACAUUAAAUCUUUCCUGUAAA